AUGCCGGAACAAAAGAUGCGAGGUUUUGGUGAUUUUUCCGACGACCAGCAUUGGGGAGACGAAGCAGCUUCGGAGAUGGAGAAUGUGCGGAUGUCGGAUGUGGUGGCUGCUGGGGGCCAAAAGUGGAUGGCAAUAUCCGUAUAUGUGUCUAUCUGGACUGCAAUCCAAUAUCAUCUGUGCACAAACGCGAGGGAAGGCUGCCUGCUCACGGCAGUUAUUAGCCCAGAUGCCACAACGGCCGCAGCUUCCAUCGCCGAUUACCACCUCACCUCGCCGACUGGCACGCGUGGCCGCAUGAAUGAGGCCCGCAGGCAACAUCAGGUUGCACUCGCGUCUACGCUUUCAACCGGGACCAACGGGAGGGGACUUCUGGAAGACGCUUGGAAGAACGCGCCCGCGAUUUGUCGCCCGGGCAUGACCGAGGCGUCGUAUGCUGGAAUCCUUCCCGUCGGCGCGUCUAUUGCCGCGGCUCGCAAACGAAACCUCCAAUUUCGAUAUCGGACUCGGAUCCAUGCUCAGGACCUUGGGUCCACCCGGAUUGCUCGGUGUCUGCUCUGGCAGCCCGACAUGCCGGCUGCCGUUGCCUCUCAGUGGAGAGACCGGCAACGGCGAGUGUUCCAGUCAGUCUUUCAAACGGACGUCGCGCCGUCCACUUCCCAGACAACGCACGUCAGCCAGUCCACGGACCCUGGGCAGCCCUUCGGCUACCCCCUCGCGCCCUUGCCAGGCCAUUCUCUCCACCCGCAGCAACCCCAGCAGACACACCACGGCCGUGGACGUAGCCUCCAGAGGCCCGGCCAGCACCCCUCCUCUCGAAGGGCGACCCCGGAAUCAUCUUCUUUCGGAUCAACCGCACCGCCACUCCUCACGACGGCCGUUGAUGACCAGGCGACCUAUGACCGUGCCUGGCACGUCGUAACUGCCCACAUCGCACUGCCCUCAUCCGCCACCGCUGACGACUCGUUCGGCACCCUUGCCGCAGAGUCGCAGCAGCAGUCCUCCCGCCGACGAGGGGACGCUGGUGCUAACGAGUUCUACGACGCGUUCGCCCUUGUCAUCAACGCCAGCACAUUGCUGCCUCGUGCCACCCGCACAGAUGACAUCCUUGCUUGGCAUGUCCGCCAGGUGAGGGCGCACUUUGCCCAGCACGUGAUCCCCCUUUUGACUGGGUGCGUUGCUGAUGAUGGUGACGACGACGGUGAUGAUGAGGCCGGCGAGGCAAGGGAUGAUGGCGCAGGCAAUGGCCACUGGCACGCCGCGAGGAAAGGAAACCACUACGAGAGGCACAUGGUGACUGUUAUGAGCAGCAUACGGACUCUGGAGGCGGCCCUGCGGCUUUACUUCUACGGCCUUAACCAGUUGUUAUCGGGGUUCAGCCGCCUGGCUGAUUCAUCUCCGGGCCUGGCUAAGGACGCAGAAUUGCUUAAUACACGCUUCCGGCGCGAUACCCAUGCUCUCGUCAGUAAUUCUGCCUCAGAGGGGCUCAUGAGGUCGAUCAAAGCUGUCCUGACCCGCCUUGCCGGCACCAUUCUCGGAUUUCCUUCCCAAGAUGAGCGUAAAGGAGACGGAGGGCAAGCACCUCGACCGGCGGCGCCCGGGCCUGAUGACCUAAGGGUGCAGGCGGCCAGGGAACGAUUGCUCGAGUUGGUCCAGCAGUUGCACAACGUGGGCUUGGCCGGCGAGCGCUUCCAAGUCCUGUUCGCUGAAGUCAUGGACCUCAUGAUGUCGGCUUUUGUCACGGGGGCCUACGGUGGUGUCUGGUCGGCGCCAGACCCUGGCUCGUUCUCGGUCGCCAUGGACACAAUAUCACGGAGCGGGCCGUCGUCUGCGACAUCCCCUUGUAUCAUGUCCCUCAGCGACUGGGUUGAGAAUCACUUUGCUCGUCUGAGUUUCGAAGUCCUGGCUUGCAUCUCGUCGAACCCUCAGGGGCCGUUGCCGGUGUCUCUGGCGGAUGUCAAAACAUACCAGUCCCUUGCCCUGGGGCGUCUCGCAGCAUUACGCAUUGGGGAGCUGUUCGACAUUGUCCUGGCAUGGCCCGCAUCCCGCCCAGCACUCGACGACUUGCGGGCUACCAUUACCACCGCAACUCGCCGCAGACAACUGACUGAUAGCUUCUCGCGCUCUCUCCAGAUACGGCUCCUGCACCCAGGCCGCAGCACCCUCGAGAUUCUGCAAACAUAUAUCUCCAUCAUCCGCACAUUGCAUGCUCUCGACCCUAGCAAGGUCUUGUUGAGCCAUGUCGAGCCGAGGCUGCAACUGUACCUGUGCCAUCGCGAGGAUGCCGUCCGUGUCGUGGUAUCCGGUCUACUUGCGAGUCCCGACGAGAUACGGGCUGCGAGGAAGGCGAACGAGGUCGCGAAGUCCCCGAGAGAGAAACCUCAGAGCAAUGGGCCGUUCGCAACCGCCGCCAUGCCCGCCAUGUCGAGCAGCACGUCGAGAGAUAAACCUCGACUGCAUAGCAGCGUGCAGGUGGACGAGAACGGAGCGUCGCCCGACGACAACUAUUCCAGGCGGCCGACAAAGCUGGUGGAGCUCGCGCUCCUGCUGAACGAUCCGGCCCAGAACCGGCGCAUGGCCGCCGACCUGGAUGAAGAUCUCGACUGGGACGACAUGAACUGGGUGCCCGACCCGAUUGACGCCGGCGCCAACUACAAACGGCCCAAGAGCGAGGACGUCGUGGGUACGAUCAUCUCCGGUCUAGGAAGCGAAGAAGUCUUUAUCAAAGAGUUCUCUGCCGUGGUCGCGGAGCGAUUACUUAGCGAGCCGACCCGCUUCGACCAGGAACUGCGCGUGCUGGACCUGCUUAAGCGCCGGUUCGGCGAAGCGGCGCUGCAGAGCUGUGAUGUCAUGAUCAGGGACGUGCAGGACUCGCGGAGGGUAGAUACCGCCAUUCACAAGGCGCGUGCCGGACAGAGAGCGCGCGCUCUCGCCACGCCUGCCAAGUCUGCCGCGGACUGCCGUGGGCAAGAGAUGGAGUACCAUGCGAGGAUCCUGUCACGGUUGUUCUGGCCAAACCUGGACCGCGAGCACUUUCUCCUCCCACAGCCCGUGGUCGAGCAGCAAGCGCAGUAUGAACAGGGCUACGAGAGCGUCAAGUCGCGGCGCAAGCUCACGUGGUUGAAUCAACUGGGCCAGGCGAGGGUGGAGCUCGAGUUGAGGGAUCGAACGGUGACGGCGGACUGCAACCCCGUCGAGGCUACUGUCAUCUACGCCUUCCAGCGCACCGAGGACGACGGCGACGGGAAUGCCCCGCCCGUACAGAAGUCAGUUGACGAGCUUUAUGAACAGUUGCAGAUGGAUGAAGACCUGAUCGCCGCGGCACUGCGCUUCUGGGUUGGCAAAGGCGUCCUCUGCCGCGUCGCGGGCAGCAAAAACAACUACAUCGUCGUCGAAACCCUGCACGACCCCGCCGCUUCUACCACCACCGCUGUGCCUACCGCCUCCACUCAGGACGAGGAGGGGCAGCAACAUGCCACAGGCGAACUGGAAGCCCCCGACCUGAGAGCCGCUGCCGGCGCUAAACCCGCCGUGUCCGCCAAAGAGCGGGAGCGCCGCGAGAUCUACUGGCGCUACAUCCAAGGCAUGCUCACCAACGUCAGCGCCACUAUGCCGCUGGGCCAGAUGGCCAUGAUGAUGAAGAUCAGCAUCGCGGACGGGUUUCCCUGGAGCAAUGAGGAGCUUCAGGAUUUUCUGGCGGAGAAGGUCACCAGCGGGGAGUUGGAGGUUGUUGGGGGGAAGUAUAGGCUUGUCAAGAAAUAG